UCAAUCACACCUUCGCAUCCUAUAAACCUCUCCUCUCUUUUUUUUUGCCUUUUCCCCCCUCUCCUUCCACCAUGUUCAAGCUUGCCCGCGGCCGACCAGUUGCUGCGGCUCUCAGAGCUGCGACGGUAGGAUCCCUGGAUGGCGCCCCGAUCAUUCCUUGCCUCCUAUUUAAGAACACGAUCUAAUUGACGUGCAAUCGAUUUCAGGGUUCGCCUAUGCAAUCCCGCUUGGCUCAGCAACAAAGAAACCUUUCCAUCCACGAAUACCUUUCCGCCAACUUACUCAAAUCAUAUGGUGUGGGUGUGCCAAAGGGUGAAGUUGCUCGCUCUGGUGAUGAGGCCGAGAAGGUUGCCAAAUCGCUCGGCAAUGAUGAUAUGGUCAUCAAGGCCCAAGUCCUUGCUGGCGGUCGUGGAAAGGGUCACUUUGACAACGGUCUCAAGGGUGGUGUUCGCGUGAUUUACUCUCCUACUGAAGCCAGAAUGUUUGCUGGCCAGAUGAUCGGACAGAAACUCAUUACCAAACAAACUGGUGCCGCCGGUCGCCUUUGCAACUCUGUUUUCAUUGUCGAGCGCAAGUUUGCUCGUCGUGAAUUCUACCUUGCUGUCCUCAUGGACCGCCAGUCCCAGGCACCCGUCAUUGUCGCCUCCUCUCAAGGUGGCAUGGAUAUUGAAGCCGUUGCUAAGGAGAACCCCGAAGCGAUCAUCACGACUCCUAUCGAUAUCAACGUUGGCGUGACGGAUGCCAUCGCAACCAAGAUUGCAAACGAGCUUGGCUUCUCCGAACAAUGUGUCGAUGAUGCUCGGAAGACAAUUCAGAACCUCUACAAGGCUUUUAUGGAGACCGAUGCCACUCAAAUCGAAAUUAACCCGCUGUCCGAAACUUCCGAUCAUCAGGUUUUGGCCAUGGACGCCAAAUUGGGUUUCGAUGACAACGCCGAGUUUCGCCAGAAGGAAAUCUUCUCGUGGAGAGACACCACGCAGGAGGACGCCGACGAGGUCAAGGCUGCAGAGCACGGUCUAAACUUCAUUAAGCUUGAUGGAGAUAUUGGAUGCCUGGUCAACGGUGCUGGUCUCGCUAUGGCUACCAUGGAUAUUAUCAAGCUGAACGGCGGCAGCCCCGCCAACUUCCUUGACGUUGGUGGUGGUGCCACCCCGGCUGCCAUCAAGUCUGCUUUCGAGCUCAUCACCAGCGAUCCCAAGGUGUCGGCUAUCUUUGUCAACAUCUUCGGCGGUAUUGUCCGCUGCGAUGCCAUUGCCCAGGGCUUGAUCAAUGUUGUGCAGGAAAUGGGCCUGCGCACUCCUAUCGUUGCCCGGUUGCAAGGCACCAACAUGGAGCAAGCUCACAAGCUGAUCAACGAAUCCGGCCUCAAGAUCUUCUCCAUCGAGGACCUUCAGAACGCUGCAGAGAAAUCCGUUCAGUUCUCUAAGGUUGUUAAGAUGGCCCGCGAAAUCGAUGUGGGCGUUGAAUUCACUCUCGGUAUCUAAGCUCCGUUGGAAUCCCUUUUUAACCCUCCAAUGCCUCCUUCGUUUCUUUUUCUCUCUGGUGAACCGGGUGUUACGCAGAAAUUGAUUGGAAAGGGAUGAGCUGAGGCAGGACGGUAUGUUGUAUUUGCCUAGACGUGACGCUAACGGAGUCCUGCUGCCCAUAGAUUAAUGGGACCAGUUACACCGGAACAGUGGGCAGAGGGAAUCCAUGGAGAGUUGAGCUUGUUUGAGCCAAGGAUAAGGGGAAUCUUUAAUAGAGAGCAUUGAGAUUUUGUAUAUCGUUCUUUUCCUUGGUUACCAUUUCCUAUUGUCAAUGUAUUCCAUAUUCUUUUCUCCGUCAUAAAUU